CUGUUGCUACUGUCAAUACCUGCAAAAAUGUACGUGUUCCCCUUUUCUUCAUAUAUUUUUUUCCAAGAAAGUCACUUCCUUUCACUUUUUCUCCCCGACCACAAUUCGGCACCCUCGCGGAUCGUAGCGCCAGCUUCAGUGACGAAUCUGCCAGUCGGUAGAAGAAGAUUGCUGUUCCAAUGAAAACAUCCGCAACAGUAGCCAGUUGAAACAGUUCACCUUACUUGAACAAAAAUAUCUAGACUUCACCGAAUGUAGUUCGCUAGCAUAGCACCUGGAAAUAUAUGAAGCGCUUUGCUACUAGAUGCAUUAUGUGACGUUUUCUGUCAGAAGAGAAUACUUCCUUCGAUCGUGGUGGAUAGCUAACGAUAGCAACGAAGCUAGCUUAGUUCAACAGCAUUUCAACUUGAUUGAUGCCCGGUUACCCUCCAGCAGAUAACUUAUAUUAGUAAAUGAACUAUGGCAGAAAGAUGGUGAAAAGAAUUUCUACAGUCCGGGAUUGCUGGUUGCUCUAAUGAGCGCUCAUGGAGAGAACAGAUUUCCAGAGGUGGCUGGAGUCAGUCUCGACCACUUUCCUCACACUAAAUGACCAGCAGCGAAACCAGUCUUUGGACCACAUUAUAUCCCUUAGCGGUGCAGCCCAGCUUCGUCAUUUGUCAAAUGGCCUGGAGGCACUCCUCAAACGUGACUUUCUGCGACUCCUGCCGCUGGAACUGGCUUUCUAUUUGCUGCGCUGGUUAGAUCCACAGACUUUACUCUGUUGCUGCUUAGUCUCCAAGCAGUGGAACAAAGUGAUAAAUUCAUGCACAGAAGUGUGGCAGAACGUUUGUCGGGAGCUGGGCUGGAGGAUUGACGAGUCCAUUCAGGAUGCAUCCCAUUGGAAGGGUGUCUACCUUAAAGCUAAACUGCGUAUGGUUCAACUGAAGGAUCAGAAGGCCUUUGAGACAUCCUCACUCAUUGGCCACAGUGCUCGUGUGUAUGCUCUAUAUUAUAAGGAUGGUCUUCUCUGCACAGGAUCUGAUGAUCUCUCUGCAAAAUUAUGGGAUGUACGUACUGGUCAAUGCAUUUAUGGAAUUCAGACUCACACCUGUGCCACCGUGAAGUUUGACGAACAGAAGCUUGUAACCGGAUCCUUUGACAACACUAUUGCGUGCUGGGAAUGGAGCACAGGGGCCAAAAUUCAGCACUUCCGUGGCCACACUGGAGCAGUUUUCAGUGUGGACUACAAUGAUGAGAUGGACGUGCUGGUGAGCGGUUCUGCAGACUUCAGUGUGAAGGUCUGGGCUCUGGCAGCCGGUGCUUGUCUCAACACUUUGACUGGACACACUGAAUGGGUUACCAAGGUGAUACUCCAGAAAAGUGAAGUGGAGUCUGUGGUGCACAGUCCUGGUGAUUACAUCCUCCUUAGUGCUGAUAAGUAUGAAAUUAAGAUCUGGCCUUUAGGAAAAGAAAUCAACUGUAAGUGCUUAAAGACACUGUCAGUAUCGGAGAACCGCAGCAUAAGCCUUCAGCCCCGUUUGCAGUUUGAUGGACGCCACAUUGUUUGCAGCUCUGACAUCGGAGUGUAUCAGUGGGAUUUUGCCAGUUUUGAGAUUCUCAGGGUGAUAAAAGUGCAGGAUCCAGCCAACUUGUCCUUGCUGAGCUUUGGUGAGGUGUUUGCACUCCUUUUUGACAACCAUUUCCUCUAUGUGAUGGAUCUCAGGACAGAGUCAAUUUCAGGUCGCUGGCCUCUACCGCCGUACAGGAAAUCGAAACGUGGAUCCAGUUUCCUGGCUGGCGUGACAUCGUGGCUCAAUGGCUUGGAUGGGGACAACGACUCUGGACUGGUGUUUGCGACAAGCAUGCCAGAUCACAGCAUUCACUUAGUACUAUGGAAGGAAAACGGCUGAAGAGGAUUGAACCCGAGAUUCACCCAAUGUGAAGUAGGGCUGCACAAUAUGGAACAAAAAUAGCGUUAUGGCGAUCAUGGCCCAUGCAAUUUGUCGCAAAGACACGCAAUAAUUUUGAUUUGGAAUUGGAUGCUUUUGUCUGAAGUUGACCAGUCAGAUGCAACUGAAAACGCAUAUCGCCAAUCAGUAGGUGAACAGUAUCUAGGGGCAUUCCAAUUCAUUAGCUGAGAAAACACCAAGCUUGCUUACUUUGCCGCAUGAAAAGCUGUAUUCCUUUCAUUGGCUAAUAAUGUCUCUGCUUUAGGUACUUGUUAAAUAUCCUGAUAUUGAUAUUGCUGUAUUCAACACCCAUAAUCGCAUAUCGUGCAGCCCUAAUGUAGAGCACCAUCAUUGUGACACACGCGAACAUAAAAGGAUCAUGGUUUAAUUAAGGAUUUUGUUUUUAUCAAUUUCAUGUAACCCUGCAAGCGAGGGGCUGUAGAUUUUUGUCAAAUCGGAAAGCACGAGACCACUCCUUGGAGUACUGGCCUACCUGACGCGACAACGGUGAAAGACUAUCCAAUCUUUACGCUCAGAAUAAAAUGCACACAUUAUUUUGUAUCAAAUGUACUAAACAUUUUGACAUUUGUGUUGAAUCAAAUAGUGAAGCAAAUUCUGAGACAACAGAUGAACAUUUUAGCCUUUCAUUUCCAGGUAUUUAUAUGGAUUGGAUACAUGACUUUGAUCUUACCUUUUCUUUUAAUCAACAUUUUUUUUUUCUUGAGCAAGUACAUCUGACUGACAGGUGUGUUUUGUCGAAAGGUGUGUCCUAACUCAUUGAUUAUUCAAACUAAGCUAAUUAAAA